AUGGACGCUGCCGCCUUGCGAGACGGUCUCCGCACCAAGCUUGACCAUCUCGAGGCCAAGCUCGAAUCGCACCGCCAGGACCUGUUGGCCGAGUUUCACAAGCACUACGACAGCCUGACGCGCACGGCGGGUCCAUUCAUCGUCGCCAGCGUCCAAGACGAGCUCCGAGCGAUGCUUGAUGACUACAAAGAGCUGCGUCCGAACAUCCCACAGCACCAGCACCAGCAUCUGCCGCCCUCACCUCCUCAGCCCGCUGCCGCAGCGCCAAAAGAAGCUGAGUCACCACCUCCUCGGCAGCCACCAGUCAGCGAUAGUAGCUCCGAGACGGCGGCCACCACGUCCCAAACUCUAUCGCUAGCGUCCAAGCCUGCCGACGCCGGUACCUCAUCAGGCGCUCCUGACAGCCCACGCGACCGUGACCACGAGCUCCACGGCCUCUUCACCCCGACCUAUCUCCCGCUGCUCGCAGCAUCUCCCACACCUGCAGCCAACACACCUGCCUCGCCUGCAGCCACGACCAAGGCUGCCGCUGCAGCUGCCAUCACCUCGCAGCCGCUCUCCGUCGAGGCUGGCAGCCCACGAAGCGCCGAUACCAGGUGGUUGCCUGCCAUGAGCACCACCACCACCACUAGCAACGGCGACGGCAACGGCAACGGCAACGACACAACACGCACCACCAUGGACCAGUCCGCUGAGGAAGACCGCUUCCCCGGUCGGUUGACGCCACCGCCCCGGCAUCGGCCGAGCGACAGUGAGAGUGCAAACGCCGCAGCCGCUGACGACGCGAACUCGUCAGCCUCGGAUGACAAGAACGAUAACAAAGCCCCCCGCAGCGCACUGCGACGGUCUUCCAGCAUAUAUAAAUCGCCCCAGAGCCCUAGGCGUGUCCGGUUCGAGUUUAUGGGUGCUGAGGUCCUGCCUACCGCGUCGCCGCAGCCCAGCGAUAGUAUGAUGCCGCGGUCGUCAUCGCCGAUGUGGGAGGGCGAAAACGUUUCCGUCGACUCUGUCCUCGGAGGCGAUGCCGAGGACUCGGGACCACCGCCGAAGAAGAUUUCCUCGUCCGAUGCUCUUCGCGCCCUGUCGAGGGAACCUUUGGAAGACGGCACCCUAUGGACCGUGGUGAAUCCCGACUCAGACCACGUCACGAAGCAGAUACAUCGAGUAGACUUGAACGAGUCAUCAACAACCCCCGAGUCCGGGAUGCAGCAGGUUCAACAAGAUCAUGCCGACCAGGCAGAUGAAAUAAAUAAUAACGCCUUGGGCAUAAAGAAGACGAGAGCGACAGCUCCCCCACCGAUCAGCAAACCACCUGUCAUUGUCAGCAAGGGUCUGCCCAAGAACAAAGCGCCUAAUAAUCACCCAGAUGUGCGUGACGAUGACGACGACAUGUUCCAUUUUGAAGAUGAGGGCGGACAGACCUCAUCACUGCAGCGGCCACCUCCACCUGCAGAUGAUGGCGAGCACAGCGAAGAUGAAACUGCAUCAUCCGCUUCCGCUAGAGACCUCAGCACGUUGCGCUCGCCCACCACCGUCGCCCCCGCCGCCGUGCCCUCGAGCAAGCCGUCAGCUCCCGAGGCGGCCGCCACCACCACACCCACCACGCCUCGCUUCCACAUUGGCUCUGUCGGGUCAUACAUGGGCCGGUCCAUCAUGAUGCCCGUCGUCAAGAGCCCCGAGGUCCAUGCCAAGGCAGCCUCCAUUGGUAAUUUCAGCUCGUUUGUCGGUGGCGUUGAUGGCACGAGCGGCAUGGACCCUGCCGACCUGAGCAGCUACAGGGCGAGCGUCAUGCGCGACGGCUUCAGUGGCACGCCGCGUAGCUUCACAGAGCGGCUGAUGAUGGAGGACAUGGAGGCCGAGAGGCUGAAGGGAAAGGCGAACCAGGAGUAG